CUACGCAGGCUACGUGACAUCGACGUCAUCAUCGCGAUCAUACGCGUAAUCUAUAUAGUCACUUACAGUAUAAUAGAGAUUAUGGUGUGAAUCGCGCAAACUGCGCGAGAGGUGUGAUGCGCAAAAAGUGUAAUCGAUGUGAUGUUUGGCGAGGGUUAUAACGAGAAUGCCAAUACAGGCACCACAGUGGACUGAAUUCCUGUCAUGUCCAAUCUGUUGUCAUGACUUUGAUGUGGCUAUACGAGGCCCAAUAUCACUUGGCUGUGGUCAUACCAUAUGUCAUGCUUGCUUAGCCAAUUUACAUCGCAAACAGUGCCCUUUUGAUCAGAGCAUUAUUAAUACUGACAUUGAAAAACUACCUGUGAACGAGGCGCUAUUACAAUUGUUGGGUAAUCCAAUUCCUAUUGUCGUUUCAUCAGCAUCUGCAUCGAAUCAGCAAAAUUAUCAAAAGCUUCUACCGGUUGAUCAACACGCUAGCUAUUUGAGGGCUAAGAGUUGCAUUGAGGAGCUUGCUCUUUAUCUUAAACCAUGUCAGACUACCAAUACUGCAGGUAUCGGCAGCGGGGGCGGGGGGUUAGUAUCUCGACCUAUGCAACGCAAAUUGGUGACACUAUUAGGUUGUCAACUAGUAGAACCAGAGGGUAGGGCACGCGCGUUACGCGCCGCUCGUAGUCUUGGUGAACGCACUGUUACAGAACUUAUAUUGCAACAUCAGAAUCCUCAGCAACUUAGUGCCAAUCUUUGGGCAGCCGUACGUGCCCGUGGUUGUCAAUUCCUUGGACCAGCAAUGCAAGAAGAAGUCCUUAAACUUGUGCUAUUGGCUUUGGAAGAUGGCUCAGCAUUAUCACGUAAAGUUUUGGUGAUGUUUGUAGUGCAACGUUUAGAACCACAUUUUCCUCAAGCUAGUAAAACUAGCAUUGGACACGUAGUACAACUUCUAUAUCGAGCAAGUUGUUUUAAGGUAUCGAAGCGUGAAGGCGAUUCAUCACUGAUGCAAUUAAAGGAGGAAUUUCGUACUUAUGAAGCUUUAAGACGAGAGCACGACGCACAGAUUGUGCAAAUAGCCACAGAAGCGGGUUUACGUAUUGCACCUGAUCAAUGGUCAGCUUUACUUUAUGGCGACACUGCUCACAAGUCUCAUAUGCAAAGCAUUAUUGAUAAAUUGCAAACGCCACAGUCAUUCGCUCAGAGUGUCCAGGAACUUGUAAUAGCAUUGCAACGUACCCCUGAUCCUGGACAACUAAGUGGUCUUAGACCUCAGCUGGAACUAUUAGCUGCAAUCGAUCCUAGUCCAGAAACGGAACCACCGAGCUUGGCUGAAUGUCAAGCGGCUUUAGAAGCCAUAAGAAUAGUAGUGGCUACGUUAGUGGAGUUUGUUCGACAACAUGGAAGUGGUGGCAUCUGCGGUAGUAACCGGAAAUCAGCAGUGCAGGACAGUGGAAAUAAUGGACCUGGGAAUUCGUGUCCGGGUUCAGUAACCGGCAAAUAUAAAAUCAGCAUGUGCAGAGAUCUAGCACUACGUGGUACUUGUCCGCGAUCCAACAAUUGUACUUUUGCUCAUAGCGACACUGAGCUUGAUAAAUAUAGAUCGAAGAAUCGUAAAUUAAAUGUUAGAGCAAACACAAAUCAAGCGGAAUUAAAGAGUGAGAAAAAUAACAAGAUUUUCAAUAAGCAAAAUAGUGAUUUAUCGACUUAUCAUUCCACCAAAUCACAUGACAAAGAUACGGUAAUGCAACAUUCAACGCCCGUUCCAAUCAACUUAGAAAAUAAUUUGAUUGAUUCAUUGACAUCGACUUAUAUGCUGCCGCUUGCACCUCCACAAAAUUUACCGCACCUCAGUUUAUGUUCUGUGAAGGCAGGAUCUAUGAUGGAUAAUGGAGGACCUCCUGGUGUUCAUUGCUCCGGACAUUACAUAAUGCCACCAGGAUCCGUUGCCACUGUUGAUUAUGGACCUUCAUUGACAACAAAUCUUGGGAUGUGGGAUACUCCACAAAUUGUACCAAAUCAAGUAACAAAUGAUAAAAAACAGCGAACAGCUGUAGCGAAAACUAUGUUGGCAUGUUUGUUGCAACGCAAAAUGGAGAUUUUAAAUCAAUUGGAAAUGAUCGUCGGCAAGCAACAGCAGCAACAAUUAAUGUCAUCGCAAAUAAAAACGAAUCUUCAGCAGGACAGUGAUUUGUUGACUACAUCCAAUAAUUAUUCGAUAUGGACUACUGCAAAUAGCUUCCGUUGUUCAUCCGGAACGGAUCCAUCACAGCCGCCACAGUCGACUUCGCAUCUACUCGACGAUGACAAUCCCUUUGUGUCGCCAUUAAACACAUCUCCUGUAACUUCUUUGCCACCAGUUAAUAAACAGGCACCGAUCUCGAGACUAUCUAAAACUCUAAUAAGAUCUCCAUAUAAUGGAGCUCUGCAGCAUUUCGCGAAUUUCUACAAUGAGAGAAUUGAUCCUACUAUUCCUGCACUAUCUACUGCAUUCAGAACUCCAAACUCUGUAACUUCUUGGUAUUAUGGCAAUCAACCAUAUACAGCGGUUGGUAUGAAUGAAAUACAGUCAGUGACACCAACGAAUCUUGGUAGUGGUGAAAGUGAUAGCAAUUUCACCAGUGAUAAUUACAUCGCUCUUGGCUGCAAUGUCAUCACACCAGAAUCAUUGUCACAAUUUCCGAGGUCGGAGUAUAUGUCAAAAGAUUUUAUUCUGGAGUCGCAAAAGGUUAAGCAACAACUUAGACAUCUAGAAAAGAAGAUCAAUGACUUAAAGCUGGCUACGCAAGGAGCUACUACUUUUGUCACAACGGGUGAGAGAUUGACACAGGAAUUACGAAUGAUUGAAGCAGGUAUCAGAGAAAGAGAAAGAGAUGUACGAAAUUGGAGCAAUCCAUACAGUAGUAAUACUGAUGCUUGGAUCCAGCAGUCUUCUAAUGAUUGGUUAUCAAAUCAAGAAUAUAGUACGGAUUACAAAACUGAGGAGGAGGAUACAUACGAAGCAGGUAUAGCAAAUGAUAUGCGCGAGCUAGAAUUGCGAUGGGAAUUUGAGCUGCGUGAGCAGGAGAAGCAUUGGUCUAAUGGAGGUGAGAAAGAUACCAUCAUCACCACUACCUCCAAGAAUAAAUGAUAGAAUGCUAAUCUCUUUUCCUUUCUUCUUUUUGUUUAACUCUGUUUUUUUUCUUAUUUCUUAGAAAACAUGUAU